GGGGCCCCUGUGUCCUUGCCCAAACUCAAAAAAGCCUAUGAAAAAGCCUAUGAAAAAGGUACCAGGGGCAUCUCAUGGGGCCCCCUACUGACCCUGGGCCCUCGGGCAGUGCCCGAGUUUCCAAAUGGUCAGUCCGCCCCUGUACAUGAUUGUACUGGCCACUAAUUUAUAUAGUUUGUGGAGCUACAGUAUUUCUGCUAAAUGGAGACCACAGCACGCUCAUGCUUACAGUUACAAUAUCAUACAGUGACCUGCUAGGUCACCUGGACAAGUUUUUUUUUUACA